GGUUGCUGGGGAGCGGGAGGGUCAGGUGAGAGAGGGUGGCCGAGACGGACGGGCCGACGAUGGCGGUCAGCACGCGGUGGCUAUGGGCGAGUGGAUCCAGCUGCGGAAGGAGGUGCACUUGCGGAGAAUUCAGCUGGUCGAUGCCUGGGCGGAGGCUGCGGCAGGGGGUGGUCGGGCUGCCGUCCAUGGCGUGGGCAAGCUCAGCGUCGCGGGCAUGCUCGCGCUUCUCAAUGGCGGAGACGCGGUCAUCGCCUCGCUCAAGGAACGCCUGGUGGAGCUGGAGACGACGAUGCGUGAGAUGCAGAUGGCGAGAGCUCGCAGCUCGCGCACAGGCGGUCUGGCGUCGUCGGUCCAGAUUGUACGCGAGGCGUGGACUGGCGACGGUGGCCGCGCCGACGAGGCCGGCGCAACCACGCUCCGUACCCAGCUUGAGGCCAUUGUCUCGCCGCCGGGAACGGUCGAGGCGCUUAACAUCAAGGCCUUUAUCUCACUCUUUUACAGUGAAAGCGAGUCGGCGUCCACACCUGAGGUUUCCGAUGCCGAGCCCGAGCCCGAGGCCGGCGUAGGACAGUCCCUCGUCGACGAGUUCGACAUUGUGCAGGGCAGCUCCGGCGAGGUGCAGGCUUUCCUAGAGGCGCUGGCGGAUCUCGUGCUCUUCCGUCACCCGCAUAUCGAGGCCGACCGCGACGCGGUGGUCUAUGCGCUAGAGGACGUUGUCUUUCCGGCGAUUUACAACCGGGCGCUGCGGCUUGUGCGCGACGAGGCCGGCGACGCGCGGCUGGCUGCGCAGUGCAAGGCGUUUGGCCAUGUCACCCAGUCGCGGCUUGGCAUUGAGCCGCGAUACCAGUCUGUGCAACUGGUGCCGUUUGCGCUUCCGAUCGCGCUGCUCAAGGCAGUGUACGUGUCGGUGACCCCGUCUCGCAAGCUCCGUGCGCUGUUUGAAGCCGCACAAGCGCUGUUUGACGAGCUCCAUGCCGCCGUGCCCGAGACCCCGGUCUCAACGGACGUUUUUCUGCCCGCCUUUAUUUACGUCGUGAUCAAGGCCAACGUCCGCGGCCUGGCGACGACGCUUGCCUUUCUCAACCGAUACGCGCUUCACCAACUGUUGCUUGGUGAACUCGGCUUUGUUGUCUCCUCGCUCGAGCUCGCCGCCGAGUACGUCACCGGACUUGACGUUGACGCACUGCCUGCGCCCGAUGUUUGCCUUCAGGGUCGACCGUUUCUAGUUGCCGAGCGCGAGCGGUACCGGGCGUUCUGCGAUGCCGACGACAAGUUUGACUUUCGGCCCGGCCCGCCGGUGCGCGUCGCCGAUCACUGGCUGCUGGCAGUCCCGGCCUGGUUCUGGCACCCGCAGUACUUUGCAGCGACGCUAGUGGUGCCUGCAGGUAGCUUGGCGCUACCGGCCGCCACCAGCGGACCUGCCGUUGUCACCGGCGUGGUGACAGCCUCGUCGAACCUCGCGCCUGCCCAGGCCGCGUACAUCGACUCGGUGUUUUUCAGCCCACCUCCGCCACGGCAAGUGAUCAGCAUCGAUGUCUUUGACUACGAAGCCGUCGACGACUCGCCGCAAGCUGCGCUCAUCGUGGCCGGCGAUGCCGGGGCAGCGUUGCAGUGCGCGCCGGUCGCCACGGACACAGUGUUCUGGAUUCCCGGCGGCGAUUUUGACGCCGUCUCGCGGACUGUGUACACUGCAGUCAUGGCUGAGAAGCUCGGCAUUGUGGAUGGCUCGCACUACGCGGGUCACGUCGUUCCCGACGCUCUCCCGGGCGCCACAGUGGUGGCGUGGGAUGAGAGUCUGGGAUGUGGCGAGGAGCUUGCGGAAGCUGUUGCCGCUGCCUACGGUCCGUCUUGGGGUGCGCUGUGGAGCGAUGCCGAUGUGGGCAGCCGCGUUCGCGCCCUUGUUGUGGCGCUCCAGCACGCGCUGCACAUUCUCGACGCGCUCCCGGUCUUUGUCCCGGUCCAAGAGCAGUUUGGCUUUAUCCUCUCUGCCGCGCUCACUGCGUUCCAAGCCAAGCACGGCCUUGCCGCAAGUGGCGGGCGGCUCGAUCCGGCAGGCUACAGCGAUGUCAUGGGCGUUCUCGAGGCACGGCGAGCGCAUCUGGCGCGGCUUGGCCACCUCGAUCCGGACGCCAGCCUCGCCCAGCUCCUGCGCACCCCGCAACUCCUACGCGACGCGGUGCGCGCCUUUCAGCGGUCAGAAGAGCUGUUUGUGGACGGGCGCCUCGGUGCCAAGACUAUGGCCGCGCUCUCUUCCCAGCAUGGCGAGCUGGUUGCGUGA